UCUUCGAAAUCUCUCUCUCUCUCACCGAAAUCUCUCUCUCACUUCUAUUCUCUCUCUCUCUCUCUCUCUCUCUGAUAUUCCACUUCGCCGAUAUUUCGGCCCUUUUGUUAAAAGCCAAAAGCUUGGCCGUAACCCUAAAUAACCAUUAUUGUAAUAUUCAAAAUCACUAUUAUCAUUGUUUCUCUUUUGUUAUUGUUUAUAUAGCUUAUUAGCCCUAGGGUUUCAACUUUAACGAUAAGGUUCUGAUAUUUCUGAACACGAAGAGAUUUGAAGAAGGUCUUCGAGUUAAUCAAAAUAUUGAUUGGUUGAGCUGGAGUGUGAAGUUUGGGUCGAGCUUGGCUUCUGGGAUUUGUUGAAGCUGGUCUGUGAAGGUCUGGGGAAUACCCAGAGUAUGAACUUCAACUCGAAUCAGCUUUGAAGAACAAGCCCUUGAUCUGAAGAGUGUUUGAGAGCCCAUGUGAAGUUCGAAUUGGUCAGAAUACCAUUAGUACACAAGUUUAACCAUAAUUGGCAUCAUUAUCUUGAGCUUGUCCUCCUAAGAUCAAAGAGCUUCUUUGUGACUAUCGAGAUAUCACAGUUAUCAGCCCUAUACUUAGCCAAUGGCUGAUCAACGGAAUGGAAGUGGGCAACCUUCUAAUGGGAAGGCUAGUGCAGCAGCAAAUUCUUAUUCAAUUGAUUUGGAUAAAUUCACUACACGAUUGAAGUCUCUAUACUCACAUUGGAAUGACAACAAGGAUGAUAUGUGGGGCACUUCUGAUGUCCUUGCUAUUGCCACGCCUCCACCUUCAGAUGAUCUGCGGUACCUCAAGUCCUCGGCAUUGAACAUCUGGUUGCUGGGUUAUGAGUUCCCAGAGACUAUAAUGGUUUUUAUGAAAAAACAAAUCCAUUUUUUGUGUAGCCAAAAGAAGGUCUCUCUUCUUGAAGUUGUGAAGAAGUCUGCUAAGGAUGCUGUUGGUGUAGAUGUUGUGAUGCACGUGAAGGCAAAGAAUGAUGAUGGAAGUGGUCUAAUGGAUGCUAUAUUCCGUGCUAUCCAUGCUCAAUCAAAAGUGGAUGGCCUUGAUACGCCGCUGGUUGGGUAUAUUGCAAGGGAGACUCCUGAAGGGAAACUUUUGGAGUUGUGGGCAGAGAAACUAAAGAACGCAAAGUUCCAGCUCAGUGAUAUUACUGGUGGGUUGUCUGAUCUGUUUGCUGUGAAGGACAAGGAUGAGAUUGUGUGUGUCAAGAAAGCUGCUUACUUGUCUGCUCAUGUGAUGAAGAAAGUUGUAGUUCCAAAGCUUGAGAAUGUAAUUGACGAGGAAAAGAAAAUCAGUCAUUCCUCAUUGAUGGAUGAGACUGAGAAGGCCAUUUUGGAACCAACUAGAGCUGGUGUGAAGCUGAAGGCAGAGAAUAUUGACAUUUGCUAUCCUCCAAUUUUUCAGAGUGGAGGGGAAUUUGAUCUCAGACCUAGUGCUGCCAGUAAUGAUGAGAUGUUGUACUAUGACUCUGCCAGUGUUAUUAUAUGUGCCAUUGGAUCACGAUAUAAUAGUUACUGCUCGAACAUUGCAAGAACAUUCUUGAUUGAUGCCAACCACCUUCAGAGCAAGGCUUAUGAGGUUCUUCUUAAGGCCCAAGAAGCUGCGAUAAGUGCAUUGAAGCCUGGUAACAAGGUCAGCGCUGCAUAUCAAGCUGCCAUUUCUGUAGUUGAGGCAGAUGCUCCUGAGUUAGUUGCAAAUUUGACAAAAUCUGCUGGGACAGGAAUUGGUCUUGAAUUUCGUGAGUCGGGGUUGACUAUCAAUGCCAAAAAUGAUCGAGUGGUGAAAGUAGGAAUGAUAUUUAAUGUGUCAAUUGGUUUUCAGAACUUGCAGACACAGACCAAGAACACAAAAAAUCAAAAUUUCUCCCUGCUGCUUGCUGAUACAGUAGUUGUCACUGAUGAAAAGACAGAGUUGGUGACUUUAGCAAGCUCUAAAGCCAUUAAGGAUGUGGCUUACUCUUUCAAUGAGGAGGAGGAAGAAGAAGAAAAGCCUAAAGCUAAAAAAGCUAAAACUGAGACUAAUGGCACUGAGGCCUUGUUGUCUAAGACAACACUCAGGUCAGAUGUUAAUGAGAUCUCAAAGGAGGAAUUACGAAGGCAGCAUCAGGCAGAACUUGCCCGACAGAAAAAUGAAGAAACUGCCCGGCGUCUAGCUGGUGGUGGACCUGGGGCUGGGGACAAAAAUGCUGCUGUGAAGGCUUCAACUGAAUUGACUGCCUAUAAGAAUGUGAAUGAUCUCCCCCCUCCAAGAGAUUUGAUGAUUCAGAUUGACCAGAAGAAUGAAGCUGUUCUUCUGCCUGUUUAUGGAAGUAUGGUCCCUUUUCAUGUGGCUACCAUCAGGACAGUUUCUAGCCAGCAGGACACCAAUCGAACUUGUUAUAUCAGAAUAAUCUUUAAUGUGCCUGGGACCCCUUUCAAUACUCAAGAUGCGAACUCAUUGAAAUUCCCAGGGGCUAUAUAUCUGAAGGAGGUUUCAUUCCGCUCCAAGGACCCAAGGCACAUAAGUGAAGUGGUACAGCAGAUCAAAACGCUCCGGCGGCAUGUUAUGGCUAGGGAGUCAGAGAGAGCUGAGAGGGCAACUUUGGUUACUCAGGAGAAACUUCAACUAGCUGGUAACAGAUUUAAGCCAAUUAGAUUGACUGACCUUUGGAUUCGUCCUGUUUUCGGUGGCCGUGGAAGGAAGAUACCUGGUACUCUUGAAGCUCAUGUGAAUGGGUUUCGUUUUUCAACUACAAGGCAAGAUGAGCGUGUGGAUAUUAUGUUUGCGAACAUCAAGCAUGCUUUUUUCCAGCCUGCAGAAAAUGAGAUGAUCACUCUGCUCCACUUGCAUUUGCACAACCACAUAAUGGUGGGUAACAAGAAAACCAAGGAUGUACAGUUUUAUGUUGAGGUGAUGGAUGUGGUCCAGACCUUGGGAGGUGGAAAGAGAUCUGCGUAUGACCCAGAUGAGAUUGAAGAAGAGCAACGGGAGAGGGACAGGAAGAAUAAAAUUAACACAGAUUUUCAGAGCUUUGUGACUCGGGUGAAUGAUCUCUGGGGGCAGCCUCAAUUUAGUGGCCUUGACCUUGAGUUUGAUCAGCCUCUAAGAGAGCUUGGCUUCCAUGGGGUUCCCUUCAAAUCCUCAGCAUAUAUUAUCCCAUCUUCCACCUGCCUUGUGGAACUGAUAGAGACUCCUUUCCUGGUUGUCACUCUAAGCGAGAUUGAGAUUGUGAAUCUGGAGAGAGUUGGACUUGGACAGAAGAACUUUGAUAUGACGAUUGUAUUCAAGGAUUUUAAGCGAGAUGUUCUUCGGAUUGAUUCCAUCCCUUCCACAUCACUUGAUGGCAUUAAGGAAUGGCUGGACACAACAGACAUCAAGUAUUAUGAGAGCAGGUUGAAUCUGAACUGGCGUCAGAUACUGAAGACAAUCACUGAUGACCCACAGAGCUUCAUAGAUGAAGGGGGUUGGGAAUUUUUGAAUUUGGAAGCUAGUGAUUCAGAAUCUGACAACUCAGAGGAUUCAGACAAGGGUUAUGAGCCAUCAGAUGUGGAGCCUGAAUCGGACACAGAGGAGGAAGAUUCUGACAGUGCAUCUUUGGUGGAGUCCGAGGAGGAUGAAGAGGAGGAUUCAGAACCAGACUCAGAGGAAGAGAAAGGAAAAACGUGGGAAGAGUUGGAGAGGGAAGCAAGCAAUGCGGACAGAGAGUUUGGGGAUGAGUCAGACAGUGAGGAGGAGAGGAAGAGAAGGAAAGCAAAGGCCUUUGGGAAGUCUCGAGCUGGCCCUAGUAGCAGUGUCCCCAAGAGGGCCAAGUUACGAUAGAUUUGAUAGGAAAUCUCUUGUUUCUUAGUCUUUUGUUUUUGUGGUUCAGCAACCAGCAGCUGCUUUUGCUGCAGAAUGCAGAUGUCUGACUUUAGCUUGGAAUUGUUAUUUCUUACUAGUUUAUUUCGAAGAUUUCUUUCUUAUGGCAAUAGCUUAUCUAGAAGACAGGAUCUUUUAUUGUAAAUUGGUUCCAUCUCUUUGCUAGAAGUAAAAUGAUCUCUUUUGGCCGUGUUA